AUGCACGGCUACCGAAGCCAUCUGCCAGAGGUACAUGCGGUACAUGCAGGCGCAACAGAUGGCGGCGCAACAGAUGGCGGCGCUAUACAUGCAAGCGUCAAGUCUCCAAGUCUCGGCGCUGUCUCCAUCGCCGACUCCGACAUCAGAAGUAGAGAUGCUCACCCUUUGACCAUGCAAGUCCAUCUCUCUCCAUCUCAGAACCUGGAAACCAACGGCGACCCGGUGGGAUGGGAAUCAGAUCACCACGCCCGCACAGCCCUCCUGCAGCCUGGCCCUGGCUCUUGGUCCAGCCCUCGAGUUUUGACGACGCAAACGCAGAUAAUCUCGCUGGUCACGCUCCAGCUGCCUGGCCGCGGGCGAUUCAAGCCGGCAAGGGCCUGGCAGCUACUACGACUUGUACUACUGCUAGCACACAGAGCCGCAGCUGGCAUAAACAUGCCAAAACAUGCCAAAACAGCCAGGGACCCCAGUCCGUCAACGUCGGCUGAAAAAAAGAAGGGCACAUUACGACAGCUGGAGCUACUUCGUACCUACUCACGCUACUCACUACUAGCAGGACCCCUCGUCUCCGAGCUGACCCGCCAACGCCGUCCAUGGAUCACUCUCUUACGCCAGAGAGGGUCUGACCUGGCCUGGGAGACACGGGAGCGCGGGUUCCCACUCCUGGGACCUGUCUCUUGGGUCAAGGACGCUACGGCAUACUUGAUCAAGAGCUAA